CAAAGGAGAUUUCAUAACAAACGCAGUAGAGAGAACAUACGACCAACAAAAAAAAAUCGAAACUAAUCAUAACGUUUGUCGAUUCCGUGUAGUGAAGACUGCUUUGUGGAAAAUUAAUUGUGAAAUAAUAUUUUUGUGAUUGAAAAAGUGCGAAUCAAGAAAAGAUGACAAUUUUAACGAAACCAAAUGCGGGUGCUAAAACCAAUCCAAAAACAGUCGAUGCAUCUAGCGUUGAAAAUGGGGCAAUCAAUGAACAGGAUGAAAAUGGUAACAACGAUAAAUUGUUUUUGUUGCGUGAACGUACUCGACGUUUCACUGGUUCCACAUUGUUGCUGAUUUUGGCCACAUUCUGUCUCAUGUGCAUGGGAUUUUUGAUCGGCUUGGUCGUCUAUCGGCGUGUACAACUGCAGCGAAUGCGCUUCCAUGGUAUGUGCAAUCUACCAUACGACGGCAAUUUUGAUGACAAUCGUGAUAUACUGAAUGCCAUGAAUGCUAUGAACCAAAAAUUCCACGAUCUACAAGAUUAUUCUGCAGAUAGUCUUCAGUCUGAUCUCGGACUCUUAGAUGAUCGAAAUGAUGACAUUUUCCGUGAAGAGUUCGAUUUGGGUUUGAGCGAUGAUGAUUCAUAUGCUAAAAUCAAUGUGCCCGAUUUUCGUGAUGGCCGCGUCGGUCGCUUUUUGCACGAUUUCAAGUAUAAUCAAACCGCAAUCAUCGAUGAGAGUGCAAAACGUUGCUUUGUAAUGCCACUUGAUCGUGAAACAAUUUUGCCACCAAAAUCUUUGGCCGAUUUAAUUCUCAAAAUGUACAUGGGCGAAUACGACAUCAACACCACAUCCAUUCGAAAAAAUAUGCGCGUUGUAUUACCAGCUCUUACCGAUUUGUCAACGAUUUCAUUGAAUAUUCAACUUGCAUGCGACUCCAUGGACAUUUACCUACUCGAUAAUUACGUCGGUGGAAUUGUUAAACGCAGCGCUGAAUUAGUACCGGGUGCAAAAUUCACCGAAUUUACUGGCAAUUAUAUUAAUUACAAUAUCAUGAACAUCGAAGAGUUGAAUCGCAAUUAGGCGAUUGAAGUUUUUUCUUCACAAACAAAUCUAAGUUCUUUAAACUUUUAAAUUGCCGAAUGCGCUAUGAAUAAUAUGUCGCAAAUUCAGACAUUGUAUUGAGAUAUUUUCAGCCAGAUGAAUCAGCUCAGCCAGAUAUCGUCAGGAGCUGAAAUGGAGUGAAAACCAUAAAAGUGAUUGUUAUAGUAAUUUUAGCAAUGUAAGUGUUAUUAUAACCAUCACUUCUAUUUUUUUCACUCAAUUUCAGCUCCUGACGAUAUUUGGAUGAGCUGUUUCAUCUGGCUGAAAAUAUUUCAAUACAAUGUCUGCGCAAAUUUGAUUUAUUUCUUUUUAUGAUACGACUUUAGUAAUGAAUAUCGUUUAAUUAUCUUAUUGAAUGUUCUCAAUUAAUGAAAAAAAAACCAAAGUAGAGUUAAAUGGAAUUAAAUAGCAUAUGUCCACACAAAUACACAGCAUUCUAUUAGUCAGAACUUUGGACCUGGAGUCAAUCUUUAGUUCUCCAAUAAUAAUUCAAAUAUAAUUAAGUGUUUGCUAUACGAAGAGAUAAACGCAUAAAUUUUUGUUUAAAAAAGAAGUCAUAAAAGUAGGUUCAGGGAAAUUAAGUUUUUGGAAAUUGUUUUUUUUUUUUAAUUUAAAUUCAAGCAUUUAUAGAGUACAGUUUUUCUCUUUGAUCGUUAUCGUUUUUGGUGGGAUCUAUAUAAAAUAAUGUGAUGCAAGUCUGUGUUUUCCUUUUUCUGUUUCUGUUUUUUAAGUCAAUCUCAAUUUUGAAUAAAUCUAAUAUAACAUCGAUUAUAUCGACACAGCAAUUUUACCAAAAUAAAAACGACACAAAUCAGCUACCUAUUUUGUAAAAUGAUUAAAAUACAAUAA